GAAUUUCUGCUUUUCACAGCUCUCAUUCCUGCAAAGAAUGAGUUUGAGCCACAUGGAGAAUAUGCCUUUAAGCCAUUCAAGUCCUCAAGCAGCACAGAGACCAUCUUGGAAGCAAUGGCUCCUCUACUCAACAAUAGUUAUUUUGCUAUUGCUUUGCUCCUUCGGUACACUAGUCCUUACUUUUCUCCCACUCAAGACUGCCAAUGAGCCCUGUGUAGCUAAGUUUGGACCAUUACCUUCAAAAUGGCAAAUGGCAUCUCCGGAGCCUCCCUGCGUGCAUAAGGUAGCGGACUGGAAGCUGAGAAUACUUCAGAAUGGCUUGUAUUUAAUUUAUGGCCAAGUGGAUCCCAAUACAACCUACAAGGAAGUAGCUCCUUUUGAGGUGCGGCUAUGUAAAAACGAAGACAUCAUACAAACUCUAACAGACAAUUCUAAAAUCCAAACUAUAGGAGGGACUUAUGAAUUGCAUGCUGGAGAUAUAAUAAACUUGCUAUUCAACUCUGAACAUCAGGUCUUGAAAAAUAGUACAUACUGGGGGAUCUUAUUGCUAGCAAAACCCCAAUUCAUCUCCUAGAGACUUGAUUUGGUCUCGUCCUCUUCAGCACAUGCAAAUACACCGGUAGGUGGUUUAAAGGAGGCAGAUUUUCAACACCUACAGUUUGUCUGGGUACACAAAUCAACACAGACAGAACUCCUCUGCAUGUGAAUUUUCAUCUCUCAUGCUUAUCUGAAAGAGACUCAGAGGAAGGGCCAAAGACAUUUGGUUACCCCUGACAUUGGGUUGGCAAAGACACUUUACUAAUCCAUGAUCAAAUAAAUAUGGGUGGCUAGGGGACAGAAGCUCUUCAAAGAGUCUUCAUCUAAUUCUUGAAUCCUGGGUGGAAAAAUGAAGUCUUAUUCGCACGGGAGCCUUACCUGGUUUGCAAAAAAGGUCCAGGGCAAGUAGUCUGGCCUUGUUCUCGUAUUCUUGGGCUGCUCCACUUCGUUCUUCCUGUAUUCCCAUCCCUGAAACCCUCCUGAUAAAAAGCGGUCAGACUGGCAGAGUGGCCACAGAUAUGC